GGGGAGCUUGCCGAUCCACAUGAUGAAGAUGGGGAGCUCUGAGUUAGCUUGGAGGGGGAGGGAGGGAGCUUCUCUCACAUAGGUAUUAAACAGAAGCUUGCCCUCUCAUGUUCGGAUUAUUUUCCAUUCAUACCAUUGCACAAUCUAUCUAUCUACGUCACCAACUAUCUAUUCUCUCUCAAACCAAAACCCCCCAAUAAUCAAUAUGUCUGACAGCUACGGUGACAACAGCUACGGCUCCAGCCGCCGCGACAACGACAACGACAACAGCUACGGUUCGUCCAACCGUGACAACGACAACGACAACAGCUACGGCUCCAGCCGUCGUGACAACGACAACGACAACUCUUAUGGCUCUGGCAACAACAACAGCAGCAGCUACGGCUCAUCUGGCCGCGACAACAACGAUUCUUAUGGCUCCAGCAACAAUGACUCUUACGGCUCCAGCCGCCGUGACAAUGACAACGACAACUCUUAUGGCUCGUCCGGUAACUCUGGUCUAAGCGGCGGCAACGACAGCUACGGCUCCAGCCGUCGCGACAAUGAUGACACAACCUACGGCUCCAGCAACAAGGACAACGAUUCUUAUGGCUCCAGCAACAAUGACUCUUACGGCUCCAGCCGCCGUGACAAUGAUAACGACAACUCUUAUGGAUCUAGCAACAACGACUCCUACGGUUCCGGCAACAAGAGCAGCGACUCUUACGGUACCAGCAACACAUACGGCUCUAGCAACAACGACAGCUACGGCUCUGGAAACAAUGACUCCUAUGGCUCCAGCAACAAGGACAACGAUUCUUAUGGCUCCAGCAACACAUACGGAUCUGGCCGUGACAAUGACAACGACAACAGCCGAUCAGGUGGUUUCCUCGACAAGGUCAAGGACAAGGUUGAGGACAAGCUCAGGGGAAACAAGAACAGUGGUGACAACGACUACUAAGUAUGAUUGUUUGAGAGAGGUUCUAGCGUAUUAGUGUUAGCUACUUAUUGAACGAGAUGAUACAUUCCUCGCUCCUGAAUUGAAUUUCAUUUGUGCCUA